CAUUAUAUUCUAAGAAGAAUCAAUGGCUGGAAUGCUCCCUGGUGUGGAAUGUGCCCGAAGGAGACGAUUCCAUCAAGGAGGAGGGUGGAUUGAAUCACAGAGUAAAGCAGCCGGCAAUGGUCGAACAAGGCGUUCAGCUUUCUGUCUCUAUGCAAGCAACCAUGAAUCUCAUCUAAGUUCAAGCUCCUCUCUGCCAAGAAACCCAACAAACCAGAGUUUCCAAGAUGAGAAAUUGGGAGGAGUGGCUAGAGAAGCCAAGGAAAGACUAGAUGAGAGGUUAAGGGCACCCAAGAAACCAGAAAUCAAAAGGUAAAUCGAAUUCUAUAAACAAAAUUGUACUCA